AAGACCAGCAUCAGUUUCGCUUUCGUUUCCGUUUAAAUGCAUCAAAACAUCGGCCAAACCCAAGAAGUGGUGAAAGCCGCUGUCGUUGACGGAGUCUACUAAAAUGUAUGUCGUUUCUAGACACAUAUUUAACUUUAUCUGCAAACACGAGGGCUGUUCGGACUAUGGUAAAGUCGAGAGGAAUUUACGGCAGAGUUUCACGGUGGCGGAUCAGGUUUUGUCUCAGGUGCUCGAUGAUCAUCAGAGGUUUGUUAUUGUUCAGGAUAAAGACUCGAAUCCCAGAAGCUCCAUGCCAGAUGCUGACAGCCUAAUUUUAGCCAAAACCUCACUGCGACUGAGUAAACAUGACAAAUGCUCCGGGUGUGAAGAUCUACACCUGUGCAGAUACUUUGUAUGUGGAAAUUGCAGAUUUGGGACAAAAUGCAAAAAUUCCCAUGACUUGACAUCAGCACAUAAUUCGGACCUCCUGAAGAAACAUGAUCUUCAUGGCCUGGCGAGUAGAGAGUUGUUUCAACUUCUGCUUCAAAACGACCCCUCAUUACUUCCAGAGGUGUGCUCCCACUACAAUAAGGGAAAUGGCGAAUAUGGCAGUUGUAAAUAUAAGACAUCGUGUACCAACCUGCACCUCUGCCUGCACUUCCUGCAGGACGACUGUAAGUUUGGAGCAGCUUGCAAAAGGACCCACAGCUUCGAUGCACAUGCUCAGAAAAUCCUGAAUGCUCGAGGGCUCAGUCAAGAAAACAUGCGAAAACUGCUCAGGCUUUACAAAAACAAGUUACUGAUUGCUUCUUCAGCUUUCAAGAAGAGUGAGACAGUAGUUCUACCUGAAGUGAAAGGACGCACCAGACACAAAUCCAGUAGCUCCGUCAGUGAAGCGGAUCACAAUGAAAUCUGUCUCUUUUUCAUACGCACUGGAUGUAGUUUCAAAGACAAGUGUGCCCGUUUUCACCACCAUCUACCCUAUAAAUGGCAGAUAUUACAGAAGGAUGGGAUUACAUGGAGUGACUUGCCGAAUGAAGAGGAGAUUGAGAAGGCGUACUGCAGUCCAGCUAAUGUUUUGUGUAUUACUGAGAGCAGCACAGGGCAUCAGGUUGUGGACUUUAUGUCAAUGACUUGUGGAGUGUCAGAUGUGCGUCGGCUGUCCACAGCGUCUUCUGUUACUAAACCCCCUCACUUCAUUCUGACCACUGAAUGGAUCUGGUACUGGAGGAAUGACAAGGGAGGUUGGACACAGUAUGGCAAAGGGGAAGAUCCUAAAUUUGUGGUGUCAGUCACUUCAGAAGAUCUUGAGAAACAUUACCUGGGUGACAGUGAAAAGGAAGUUUCAUUUACUUCACAGAACCAUCAAUACAUCCUCAAAUUUAAAGAGAUGUGCCAGAAAAAUCUCAAGCACAAAACUGAAAGAGACGUUAGAAGGAGACCACGUUUUGUUUCUGCUCAAGAUGUCAAGAGCAAAAUCAAGGGAAGUGAGUCUCCAGACAGCUCAGUAUCUUCUUCUGUGGAAGUUCCACCUUACUGGGACAAAGGAGCUCUUGAUAACUUCUCCUACAAGAUUGUUCCUCUGCAAAGCACUUCAAAGGAAUACCAACGGGUGGGUGCAAUGUUUAGUAGAACACUGUCCAAAAGCGUCAUUCACAGCAUUGAAAGAGUGCAGAAUCUUUCUCUCUGGAAGGUCUUCCAGUGGCAAAAGGAACAGAUGAAUAAGAGAAAUGGAGGGAGUGCAGUUGACCAGCGUUAUCUUUUCCACGGUACAGAUGAGUCUCUCAUAGCAGCGAUUUGUGAGCAAAACUUUGACUGGAGGAUCUGUGGAAGUCACGGGACACUUUAUGGGAAAGGCAGCUAUUUUGCCAGAGAUUCUUCAUACUCUGACAGAUAUGCAAAAUCCAGAAACGGCAAGACCAAGAAGAUGUUUGUUGCACUGGUGCUGGUUGGAAACUUCACAAGGGGUAACAAUACUUUACUCCGUCCUCCACAGAAACCACAAAGCCAAGGCUUUUAUGACAGCUGUGUUGAUAAUGAGACUAACCCGGCCAUUUUUGUUGUGUUUGAGAAAUUCCAGAUCUAUCCUGAGUACAUCAUUGAAUACUCUUAAUUUGUAUAGUAUCGAAAUACUUGAAUAUAUUUCGAAGGUCUCCUUGUCUAUCUCGAAAUACUUAUCAAUCUUGUCCUGUUACACAGACGAUUUAUGUUAACAUCACUGAAUAUAACCAAAAUCUACAACUCUUGGGAAUCUUCUUUCAAGUAAAAGAUUGUAGGGAAUUGCGUUAUAAGUAACAGUGUUUUAUCAUAAUUCAUUUUACUAAUAAAUCCUCUAUGGCAGACCGUAUUAAAUGCAAUGUGCAGUGAAAAUGAAAAACUGGUAAAUGCAAAAUAACAGGAUUUUAUGCAGAUAAUUAUAUUUUCUUGUUGGCUAUGGCACUGAAAAAAAAAACAUAAAAGAAAGGUUUAUGUAACUCCAAAUGAUUUGUAUAGAUAAAGGUUCCCACUAACUGUCAAUCAAAAUAUAAUUAAGUUUUAUUGCACUAGAUUUUAAAGCACAUGAAAAUGAUUUAGUUGACAAUUGUAUAAAAACUAACCAUUACUCAUGGCCAUUAUAUUUAGAUUUUUAUGUAAUUCAUAUUUCAUUUACUUUAAUGUUGAAUGAGGUGGAUGGAAUUAAAUUACUGAUACUGUUAUUAUUACUGUCAUGGUUGUUAUAAAAAAAAAUGUGUAGACAGGUGUGGUUGGAUUGAGUAAGUGACAAUUUUGUUAAUAAAUAAAAUAAACAAUUUUUGUUUUUA